UAAGAGGAAGAUUCAGUGCAGAUUCUAAAACAGACAAGAGGGACAAAGUAAAAGACAGCUGGUGAGUACACUAGACUGCUGUAUAAAGUGCACUGUAUAUUGUGUCGUCUCUUUCUGUGUGCUGUUUUAAUGAUCUGCAGGCCUGUUAUUAGCUCACUAUGGGAGCUUCACAGAGCAAAGAUAAGAUGCACUGCACCAGAUACCUGAAUGGAAAAGGUCCUCCGCCGCUGGCUGAUACAGCAGAUAUCCAAGGACCAAACAACCACACAAAAAAAUCGUUGAUUAAGCAGGGCAGUCAGCCGGAUGGAGGGAAGCUGGAGUGGGGGAUUGAGAGGCGCAGUUUACCUGGUUAUCCUGAUGAUGACACCCUUAAGAUCAUCUUUCACUUUGAGGACGGCAUUCAGUCGGAUCGUCAUCCUCAUCCGGGUCACAGUUUCAGGGGCUCAGACACAGUGGUGUACCUUCCUCAGAACAGCUCAGGGACAAAGACCCUCCGUCUGCUGGAAAAGGCCUUCCAACACAAACUGCUGUUCACAGUGGCAGCAGACGGUAAUGGAGAAUACAUAGUGACGUCUGCAGACAUCCCUCUCAAGACCUGCGACAGCGGCGGACCGGCCAGUUUGGGUUAUCCAGAUCCUAAUUACUUGAAAACAGUGAGGAAAAGUCUGGCUGUGAAAGGCAUCAAAUGAGGCCCAAUGGACUACUGAAACUAAAACUGCUGAUCCUCAUGACUCCGAAUAAAUCUGGAUAUGAAUGUGUCAUGAUUAUAGAGUUUCACAUUUACAGUCCAACUUGCAGCAUGUGGUUGAGUCUGAUCAUCUGACAGUAUCUGAGGAGCUUAACAUGCAAACACAGAAGAUGAGUUUACAUGUACGGUGCAUCUAAAGACUCAUGAGAUGUUGAUUUUCUAUGAAACAGACUAACAACAUGAAGAAAGACAGUAUUAUAUACAACGCUAUAGCCACUGUAUUGCAUUAAAUAUUUUUAAAAUAGAUGUAAAAUAAUAAAAAAUGAUAAUUAACAGUGUUUUGUAUUUAAAUGUACAUUAUUAAUGAAUGUAAUUUGUUUUUAGUUUUCAUAUUUCUCAUUUAUUUUAACUAUACACAAGAGAAAAAAGUAACAUCUACUUUCACUUGUUUUAUUUAAAUCUAUAAAGAUUGUUUCAUCACAGAAUCAAACUAAAUACAUAAUAUAUACCAAUAAAACUGAACAAGUA